CCUAUAAUAGCGCCGUGCCCCGACUCAGUCUCUCUCUCCCUGUCAGCCUCAGAGAUGAGUCUCUCUAUCCCUGCCGUGGGGCUCAGAAGGGUAGAACCAGAGCUGGGACACCUUCUGGCACCGGGGCUCUGACCUCUAGUGGGAAGCGUGGACUGGAGCCGGCUUUGGUGCUGCUGGCCAGCGGGACGCAGGGAGCGUCGGCUCCGCGAUAAGAAUAAGUACUCAGCUCCCGGCAGUGUUGCUGUCAUGGGGAAGGACUAUUACAAGAUUUUGGGCAUCCAGAGCGGCGCCAAUGAGGAUGAAAUCAAGAAAGCCUAUCGGAAAAUGGCCCUGAAGUACCACCCUGAUAAGAACAAAGACCCCAACGCUGAGGAGAAGUUCAAGGAGAUCGCAGAGGCUUAUGAUGUCCUGAGUGACCCCAAGAAACGAGCCGUUUACGACCAAUAUGGGGAGGAAGGUCUCAAAACUGGAGGUGGCUCUUCAGGUGGCUCAGGGAGCACUUUCCACUAUACCUUCCAUGGAGACCCCCAUGCCACCUUUGCAUCCUUCUUUGGAGGCUCCAACCCUUUCGACAUCUUCUUCGCCAGCAGCCGCUCCCGGAUGUUCAAUGGCUUUGACCAGGAAGACAUGGAUAUGGAUGACGACGACGACCCUUUCAGUGCCUUCGGCAGGUUUGGCUUCAACGGCAUCAAUGGGGUUCACCGGCGGCACCAAGAGUCCCUGCACACACGGAGGAAGGUCCAAGACCCUCCUGUCAUUCACGAGCUCAAGGUGUCCCUGGAAGAGAUCUACCAUGGAUCCACGAAGAGGAUGAAGAUCACGCGCAGAAGAGUCAACGCCGAUGGCCGGACCAUGCGGACUGAGGACAAGAUCCUAAACAUUGUCAUCAAACGGGGUUGGAAGGAGGGAACCAAAAUCACAUUCCCCAAAGAAGGGGAUGCCACCCCAGAUAACAUCCCUGCCGACAUCGUCUUUAUCCUCAAGGACAAGCCUCACUCACACUUCAAGAGGGAUGGGACAAAUGUGAUCUACACGGCAAACAUCAGUCUUAAAGAGGCCUUGUGCGGCUGCACAGUGAACAUUCCCACCAUCGACGGGAGGGUGAUCCCACUUCCCUGCAACGACAUCAUCAAGCCGGGGACAGUGAAGAGACUGCGUGGGGAGGGGCUGCCCUUCCCCAAGGCCCCCAGCCAGCGAGGAGACUUGAUUGUGGAGUUCAAAAUCCGCUUCCCGGACAGAAUAGCUCCCCAGACAAGACAGAUCCUCAAGCAGCACCUCCCAUGCUCUUAGAGCCCUGGGACUCUCCUCCAAAGCAGCAAUACUCCAAACGCAUGUGCCACAGCACCUGGCCUGCACAGAGCCAAGGUGCCACAGCACUUUUAAAUGCAAAAAAAAAGACAACCACCCCUCACACUACUUUCCCUCCCCAAAAAACCCACCCGACCCACCCCCCAUCCAUUCUUCUUUGCCAGUUUUCUACUCCAACAAUGGGGAGUCUCCUGUCUGCCACAGGCUGCCAGACUUUUUCUUUCUCCCCAGAGGUCCAACUUUCCUGCCUCGCACGAGCGAGAGCCGUGGGCCCUUUGCCCGGGGAGGUGCGUCGCGUUGUGGGUUUUUUUAUGUCACCUGCUUUUCAAGCCACUCUUUCCACAAGAGGCUGGACUUGUCGGGGUCCAGCGCAGUGUAAAUAGGACUCCGCAGGAUCUGGCGUCCCCGCUGCUGGUUUUUCUCUUCCCCUCUUUGAUACUUGCUGCUGUUUGGGGUCCCGGCUGUCCCGCGGUGCCGAUUACUCCUGCCCGCGGUGGCCCCCCCAGUAGCCGGACUAUUUCUCACCUGGGACCACGGUACCGAGUCCGGCCGUGGCCCACUCUCCUGUGCCAAGCCUACACCGAGCCUCGGCAGUGCCAAACAACGGAGCAUGUGGGGAUGGUCCAUCCAACCUCCUGCCCCUGCCUGGGGAUGUCCCCGGUGCUCGUGGGCACAACCUACCUGCACCUGCUGCCCACAGGGCCCCAGCCAGCAGGAGGAGGGGGGAAAGCCCAGGGUGGAGCUUUCUUUUUUCAGAUGUGUUGAGUUUGCAUUGCUGCUUUUAUUUUUUAAAUACAUAUAUAUAGAGCUCAUUAGAUAAACUUCGUAAAGGUUUUUCUCUGCCUGUUUUGGGGAUCCUGGCCUGAUGCACCCAGGCUUUUUUGCAAGGGGGAUGAUUCAGCCACACGACCAGCAACCCGCCGGAGUGGGGGGGUGUGUGCGUGUGGCACUAAUCUGGGUGCAAAAGCAGAGCCAAGUGUGAGCAGAGUUGUGGGUUUUACUAGUGUUUCAGGUCAACCUUAGGGAUUCUAAUAAGAAGAGAGAGGCGUGUGUAUAUAUUUUUCUACAGGGACAAUUCAUUCAGGAGGUGUUUCUGGACAUCAGGGCGGAGCUGGGAGGUGCAUGAGGCAAUCUGCUUGGUGGCUCCAUUUUCAAAUACUGUAUUUUUUUAAAACCUUUGGAUUUCCAUCAGGAGAAUUUUUAUAUUUCUUACCUUUCUUGGCCCACUCUGCCUCAUGCCAGUUUUUUUUCCCCAGGAAAGGGCUGCUAUGGAGCGGGAGGCGCGUUCGACCUGGCUUUGUACAGCUCCUAUUUCACUGCAGCACCGCUGAGAAAACCCCCCUGCCAAAAUAAUUCCCCCCACCCCGGGAAUUCGUUUUUUUGUUUUGGUUUGCUUUUUUUUUACAAAACAAACAACUAAUUCACUGACUUGAAACGGGGUGUCCUUGGGGCAGGGGGUUGUGCGGGGGGUGUCCGUGGUGUACAGCUGUACAGUGUCAUCCUGCGGGGCGAGGAGACCCGUGAGGCGCUGAUUUAAUCAAUCACCCGCUUCGGCCGGCGAGGGAAUGCCACUGGCUCCCUCCACUGGUCCCUGUGGAGUUCGACAGUAGAGAAAUCUGGUGGACGCCGUGAGCGAGAAGACAGGCCAGCGCACAGAUGCAAGCUGAUUUGUUUUACUCGGUUUCAACGAGACCUGAAUGUUUUAUAGUGGGUUUUUUGUAAUUUUUUUUCUUUUUUUUUU